AUGACGCUGCUUGAGUCUUCACCAAUUGUGGCAGUGAAAGACGCCGCCACCGGCCUGGUCGAUAGGGCGACUAAGGGCAAUGAUGCCUUUCCGGAUGCCAAGCCAGGAAUGAUCACUGAUGUGAAAAACCUUUAUCAAUCCAAGCCUGAUAACCGAGGAAAGACAACUUGGGUUGACAAGUACCCUGACGAUCUUGAAGAGGCUGCAGAGAACGCGGAGAGUGCACGCUAUGCUCUCCUGAUCCGCAACAGCAAGUGCUACGAUGGUCGAAAGAAGCUGCAGAUCGACUCCAUCGUCGUUCAGUCUCCUCUUCUCAAGCAAGGUCUCAGCUCAGUCCUCAAAGACUAUCCCGGAAUCACAACCACUUUGGAUCGUUUGACUUUUAAAGCACCCUUCCAGGCAUUCAUCCACCGCUGGAAGAAUUUGCUUGAAGCCUUGGAAUCUGAGCAAGACCCAGAGACGAAAGAUCAUUUGGAACUUCUCCAUCGCGUCCUUGAGGCCGAGCUCAGAGACGACCUCAAGGCAAGAGAUGACUUCAUCCUCAACGGCGUCAUCACUUACAGCACCAUAUGGAUGAUCUUCGAGCCUGGCACCACUAUUUUCACUGUGAAAGACGGUCAGAAUUGCGCUGCUAAAUUCAACAACGGCAAUUAUCAGCAGACCCAAUGCGGCCAUCGCUAUGUCCUUGGCUGCCAAGUUGUUGACUGGGACGGCGAGAACUUUGGCCUUGGUAGUGCACCAUUCUACGUGUGGGAGUUUGAGGGCACCACCAAAAUUACGAAGCUCUCCGCCUACCCUCUGGAGUACCAUCCCAACUUGGUCAAGAUGAAAGAGGCACUCAUUCGAAGAGGUAAAGCAUUUGAAGAGCUCAGUGGUUACCAUUACAAGAACUAUCAGGGGAUUGCCAUUGGUGAGGGUCCAUGGGGCCCUAUCAAAUACAAUGUUGACAGCCGCAUCAUCAUAGACACCUAUGCAUGGAAUCGCUUCAAUCCCAACAAGCAAGUCAAUCUGGCUACCUUGGCGAGGCCUAUCAAGAACGCUUGCUCAGUUGAUUCCGGCGAGUACAGCGAAGACGAGGACGAGGACGAGGUCUCGAUAUACGAUGAUGACGAGGAUCAUGAGUUCGACGAGGAUGUCGCUACAGGGGAGAGGAGAAACCCGACCUCGUUGACAGAUGAUCAACUGCUUAUGUGUAGUGCUUCAUUGAAAGGUUAUUCUCUGAAGAACAAGAAAUGGCUGACCUUCUCUAUCGGCUCCGUCUUGGACAUCGAGUACAGCGAAAGCGCCUUUGAGAGCCUCGUCCUCCCUGAAGAUCAUAAAGAGCUCAUACUCGCUUUAGCCGAGAGCCAGGUCCAGCAUAGAGAUAGCUUUGAUGAUGUCAUUCAGGGCAAAGGCAAAGGCAUGAUCAUGCUGUUGUCUGGGCCCCCGGGUGUUGGCAAAACGCUGACUGCAGAGUCUGUCGCCGAGACAAUGCGCGCACCUCUCUAUAUGAUGAGCGCCGGUGAUCUUGGCCUCGACUCGUCCCAGGUUGAGUCUUCACUUUCCAAUGUUCUAGAGAUGGCCAGCAAAUGGAAUGCCGUCCUCCUCCUCGACGAAGCCGACGUUUUCCUUGAACAACGCAGCUCACACGACCUGGAGCGAAACAAACUCGUCUCCAUCUUCCUUCGAAUUCUGGAAUACUACGAAGGGAUCCUCUUUCUCACCACUAACCGCGUCGACAACAUCGAUGCCGCCUUCCAAUCACGUAUCCACAUCAGCAUGCAGUAUGGCGAGCUCAGCACAUCCUCACGCCGACACGUUUGGGUUAAUUUCCUCAACGCCUCCUCGAAAGGCAAGAAGCACAACUUCAGUGACCAAGACCUGGAUAAGUUGGCGGGUUAUAAGAUGAAUGGUCGUGAGAUCAAGAACGUGCUGAAGACUGCGCAAUUGCUUGCUAGUAAGAAGGGCAAGGGACUGGGCUACGAGCACGUGGAAAGUGUGUUGGCCAUUGAACAGAGGCAUGUUGGAGAUCAAACGCAGCUAAGUGGGAAUUGA